AUGUCAAAGAAAUUUGCUGUGGCUGAUCAUGAUUUUACACAUCUGAGCCUUACACCUAGUGUAUCUUUGACGAUUGAUGUACCAGAAACCAUCGAAGAGAGUUUCUAUCGGGGAAGAGUAUUUGUGAUACUCAAAGAAAAUGCGUUUCAGCCAUCUUCUCCUAUUCACCAUAUGACUGAACUCCAGCAAACCUUGAAACGUCUGGGUUCAGUUAAGCCUAUUCUUGUCAUCUACACAGAUGGUGGUCCUGAUCACCGCCUUACAUACCUUUCAGUUCAGCUAUCUCUCAUGGCAAUAUUCUUGGACUUGGAUUUAGAUUUCAUCUGUGCUGUGCGAACACCAAAACGUCAAACCUCUACUCGUCAAACCUCUACUCCACUCCCAACAACAUGGUUUUCGUGCAGGAAGGUCCUGUAUCACCCAACUACUCGAUGUUGUACACAAUAUUGGCAAGGCAUUAGACUGUGGAAAAGAAAUUGACAUGAUAUAUUUGGACUUUUCAAAAGCAUUUGACUCUGUUCCCCACGAUAAACUAAUUGUGAAACUCCAACAAUUUGGAAUAACAGGACGGCUUUUGCACUGGUAUAGCGACUAUUUAAUGGGAUGAAAACAACGUGUUGUAGUAGAUGGUGUUUCGUCGAGCUAUCUUGAUGUGACCUCCGGAGUUCCACAAGGAAGUAUUGUCGGCCCCCUACUCUUCCUGGUCUAUGUUAACGACCUCCCUGACGCUGCUAAAUACAGCAAAGUACCCAUGUUUGCCGACGACAGCAAAUGUUAUCGAGUCAUAGAAACGUCACAUGACACUCAACUCCUUCAGUCCGACCUGCAAUCCCUUUGCAAUUGGUCCUCUACCUCAGAAUUGAAGUUUAAUCUCAAAAAAUGCAUUGGAAUCAGAUUCUCCCGCAAACGUUUAAUUGAGUCACCCGAAUACAGUUUAAACCAAGAACCGAUAACCCUUAAACCCUCCCAAAAGGACCUCGGAAUAAUAAUUAGUAACAACUUAAAAUGGUCACCUCAGAUAACCAGUAUCGUGUCAAAGGCAAAUCAGAUGCUUGGUUUUCUCCGACGUAACUGUAUCCACCUGACUGAUACGAAAUGUCGACGCUCACUCUAUCUGGCACUCGUGAGAGCUCAUCUAUGUUAUGGAAGUGAACUUUGGGCGCCUCAAUCAACAUCAAAGGCCCUUCUCCGUAUCGAAAGUGUUCAACGACGAGCGUCCAAAUACAUACUUCAAGAUUACCACUCUUCCUACACUGACCGACUGAAACUUCUUAACCUUCUUCCUAUUUCGUACUGGUAUGAGAUGAAAGAUAUUAUUUGUUUCUACAAGAUCAAAUCUGGACUCUACGACCUAAACCCCGAAGAUUAUAUCGACCACCCUACCCAUCAUCUGACCCGCUUCAGUUCAACCAAUUGCUACAGACCCAACCUUUGCAGAACUGCCUAUUUCAGAAGUUCCUUCUUCAACAGAAUU